AUGGAAGCUCCUCCCUCAUAUGCCUCCGUCAUUGCCACCAUCGAGAAGAAGCUCGGGUCUAACCCAACGGCCGAGAAGAUGCUCGCCGUCGCCGAGUCCGUCCCAGAGACCCACAUCGACGUCAUUCUCGCCAACACCGACAAGCUCCCUGAGUAUAACAACGACGAUGCCCAGAAGGUCGCUCUGAACGUCGAGCUGGCCAAGGCCGCUUCGACCCCAGAGGCAACAGAGUGUUUCAAGGCUGCGGCUGAAGACGCAGUGAACGCUGCCAAGGAGAUCGAAGAGAUGUUCCAGCGCUUGACCGUCGACCUUGCGGAGAUUGACCAGGGUAGCAGACUUCCAGAGGAGGGCCCAUUCGUUCCCAGGUUGAAGGUUGUUCAUGAUAAAUAUCGUACUAUCCUGAACAAGAGCACCGACUUGGCUGUCGUCAUUGCCACCUACGGCCUUCGAUUUGAGACCGUCAUCAUCCCCAUCUGCAAUGACCCGUCACUCAGCAUCGACAAGAAGAAGGCGAAAUUAGACGACUUCAUCGCAGACGCAACAAGGUUCAGCGAUAACAGCAAGACCACCGAGGAAGAGUUCAAGCUGCUCAAAGCUGAUUUCGUUGCCUUCGUCAAGUCGUUCGUCAACUGGGCCACCGUUCGCGAGGCUGAGCAAGAGAAGCAGCUGGAGAACGCGAAGUCGGAGCUCGCAAAUUUGAAAGCAGACCUGAAGAAACUCGAGGACGCGGUUACCGGUCUCACAAUAUUCGCCACUGUAGGCCUCCCUGUAAUUGGCCUCUUUGGACUUUGUUUAGGACCACUAGGGAUGGCGAUUAUGCUUGGUGUCAUUGGAGUCGGCUUCCUCCUCUCGUGGACCUCGAUCUUCGUACUCGGCUUCAUCAUCAAGAACAAACGCAAUAAAAUCCAGGACAAGCAGAAAGAAAUCGCGAACAUCGAAUCGUCGAUCCAGAAGCUCCGCUCCGUCCGCGAGCAGUUGACCAAGGCGGAAACUGGUGACCUCGCAGCUUUCAACAGGAAUAUCAACGUACUUUCUGCUGUAUGGUCGACGGCCCACAAAGACGCGCUCACUAUUCGAGAGUGGCUUGAGAAUGGCGCUAAGGAUGCGGAUAUGCCGGAAUACCUGAACAUCGCCGCGAACGAAGCCGUCAGCGUUUACAAGACUAUGGCAUUCUACCUCCGCCAAUACGCCGAUGGAGUCACGUCUGGCAACACCGCUUCGUCCUAA